AUGGACGAACCGCAGUACCAAGAGUCGAAGCAGACGUUGUCCAGUGAAAGCGAAGAGGACGGGGUUAACACGCGACCACGACGCAAGCACAUCAAGAUGGCGACGCCCACUUUACCGGCACCGUCAUUAGCGCAACUACCGCCACCGGCAGCAAACGGACCAUCUCCGGUGCAGUUGCGUAUACCGCCAUUCUGGCCAGAAAAACCGACAGUUUGGUUCGCACAAGUUGAAGGUCAGUUUGCAAUAAUGCAUAUCACUGAUGACGCAACCAAAUUUUAUCAUAUUCUGGCCACCCUGGACAGGCAGUUUGCGGCAGAAGUUGAAGACGUUCUCACUGGCCCCGCCAGUUACCAACGUCUGAAGGAAGAGCUUAUCAAGAGGCUUUCGGUGUCCCGCGAAAAUAAGGUCAAACAGUUACUCAUGCACGAGCAGUUGGGUAACCGAAAGCCAUCACAAUUCCUGCGACACCUCCAGCACUUAGCGGGACCAGCAAUACCAGAGGACUUCCUUAAAACUAUAUGGACGAGCCGUCUUCCCACUGGGUUGCAGCCAAUCGUUGCGUCCCAGCCUACCCUGUCCCUGGAUGCCCUGGCCGAACUCGCCGACCGGGUAAAUGACAUCGUGGCGCCUUCGCAGCAGGUCGCAGCAGCGUCAACAUCAUCAUCGUCAUCACCGAUCGACGAGCUGGCACGUCAGGUAGCGGAGCUGACGAAGCAAGUCUGCGCCCUGACAAUGCAAGCCAGGCACCGACCACGAUCCAGAGAACGAAGGUCCGAGGCCAGGAACCGCUCCAGAUCAUCAUCACGCAGAUCACAAUCCAGUUAUCGGAGACACCCCAUCUGCUGGUUCCACAAUAAGCACGGAGCGAAGGCGAACCGGUGCAUAAAGCCCUGCGAUUAUCACUCGGGAAACUUCCCGGGCAGUCAGUAG